AUGACGACUCGUUUGCUCCAGCUUACUCGUCCUCAUUACAGAUUAUUAUCCUUACCUUUAAAGAAAGCCUUCAAUAUACAAAGGCAGAUGUCUUUUACGGGCCCUUCUCCGUUUAACAGUUAUUUAAACACGAUCACUAAAUCCCUACAACAGAAUUUACAAACAUGCUUUCAUUUUCAAGCGAAUGAAAUCGAUAUUAUCGAAUCUCCAUCGCAAUUUUACGACCUCUUGAAGUCAAAAAUACUUAGUUCACAAAAUAGAAUAUUUAUUGCGUCUCUAUAUUUAGGCAAAAGCGAGACUGAGUUGGUGGACUGUAUAUCUCAGGCAUUGUCCAAGAACCCCAAUUUAAAAGUUUCUUUUCUACUCGAUGGUCUUCGAGGAACAAGAGAAUUACCUUCCACCUGUUCCGCCACUUUGUUAUCGUCACUAGUGGCCAAAUAUGGGUCACAAAGAGUGGAUUGCCGAUUGUAUAAGACUCCUGCUUACCGUGGUUGGAAAAAAGUCUUGGUUCCUAAAAGAUUUAAUGAAGGUUUAGGCUUACAACAUAUGAAAAUAUAUGGGUUUGAUAAUGAGGUCAUUCUUUCAGGUGCCAACCUUUCCAACGACUAUUUUACCAACAGACAAGACAGAUACUAUCUCUUUAAAUCUAGGAACUUCUCCAAUUACUAUUUUAAAUUACAUCAACUUAUAAGUUCCUUCAGUUAUCAGAUUGUGAAGCCAAUGAUGGAUAAUCAUGUCAACAUUAUUUGGCCAGAUUCGAACCCUACUGUCGAACCAGCAAAAAAUAAAAGGCUGUUUUUAAGAGAAGCAUCUCAAUUACUCGACAGCUUUUUACUAAGUUCUAAACAAAGCCUCCCAGUUACUUCAACGGGUCAAUUCUCCACAAUAGUCUACCCAAUUUCUCAAUUCACACCGCUUUUCCCUAAAUAUAAUGACAAAUCGACCGAAAAAUCAACGAUAUUGUCAUUACUUUCCAAUAUAACAAACAAUGCCAUUUCUUGGACAUUCACCGCAGGAUACUUCAAUAUCCUUCCAGACAUCAAAGCAAAACUGCUGGCAACGCCAGUUACUGAGGCAAAUGUAAUAACUGCUUCCCCAUUUGCAAACGGCUUUUAUCAAUCGAAGGGUGUCUCAUCAAAUUUACCUGGCGCUUACCUAUACUUGUCCAAAAAAUUUUUACAAGACGUUUCUAAAUACAACCAAGAUCAUGCUAUCACAUUAAGAGAAUGGCAAAGAGGCGUAGUAAAUAAGCCUAAUGGCUGGUCAUAUCAUGCAAAAGGUAUUUGGCUUUCUACUCGUGAUAAAAGUGAUUCCGAUAACUGGAAACCCUUUAUCACCGUUAUAGGAUCUUCCAAUUAUACGAGAAGGGCGUAUUCGUUAGAUUUGGAAUCGAAUGCUCUCAUUAUUACAAGGGAUGAAGAGUUAAGAAAAAAAAUGAAAGCAGAGUUAGAUAAUUUAUUACAAUAUACAAAACCCGUAACUCUAGAAGACUUUCAGUCAGACCCAAAAAGACAUAUUGGCACUGGUGUAAAGAUAGCUACCUCUGUUUUGGGUAAAAAACUUUAG